ACAAAUCCUCCUUAGUUAAUUUGCACUCUCAACACUACCAUGAAUCUGAGCCUCAUCUCAGUGAUGACCUACACAGAGAAAGUCACUACUCCCAUAUCGCGAGACUCUUGCACCACCUGAACAUAACAAACACAGAUCUAAGAAAAAAAUUUUAAAUAUACAUCAAUCUAUAAAAAAUGAGAAAAAUAAUCAGUCCUCUCUUAAAUCCAAGCUCCUUCACCAAAAGAAUAAAAACUAUACAACUCCACCAGAUAUGAGGAGGGGCGAUCACAUCCAGUUACGGGAAGCUGAGGGCGAUCUUCCCUACCUGGAAGGGCGAGGAAAACCACCCUCACAGUGAAAACUCAAGGGACUCUCAAAACCUGGGGGUUCUAAAAAAAAAUAUCUAAACUUUGAUGCUGCGUCUUUCACUCUCUAAUAUACGACAAGUUGUAGAAACGAAAGUGGGGAAAGAAUGAUUGUAACUUCGGAGGGCCAAAUUACCUAAAAAAGUUGAACCACACGGGAAGAACGUGGUCUAGCCCGCAUGUUAUCUUGUACUCCACUUCCAGCGGAGAAAAAGAAAGCCACCUCGGUUCCUCGCUCGCGAGUCACGAGCAAACAAGCCAUUGGUGGAGUCGGAGUAGAAGUCCAAUUACGGUGGUGCUCGCCGGAAAAAAGAAAAAAAUAUAUAAUUAUGAAAGAGAACUCCGUCUCUACCUGACUCUGAAGAUUAUAUGAUACUACAGAAUCGGCAUAAUGAGAGGAAAAGGAAAUCAGAAUCAGGACGAGGAAGAGUACGAGGAGGAGGAGUUUGGUUCCAGAAAAGAAGGAGCCUGUUCGAAUGUCAUUAACAACAACAGCAGUAAUAAUAACUCUAAAGAUGGGAAGAAUAUUGAUAAGGCUAAUGCAAUAAGAUCGAAGCAUUCAGUCACUGAGCAGCGAAGAAGGAGUAAGAUCAAUGAGAGAUUUCAGAUAUUGAGAGAUCUUAUACCUCAUAGUGAUCAAAAGAAAGAUACAGCAUCAUUUCUAUUAGAGGUUAUUGAAUAUGUGCAGUACUUACAGGAAAAGGUGCAAAAGUAUGAGGGUUCAUACCAAGGAUGGAGUUCUGAGCCUGCAAAGUUGAUGCCAUGGAGAAAUAGUCACUGGCGCGUUCCAAGUUUCAUUGGUCACCCACAAGCAAUAAAAAAUGGUUCUGGUCCAGGGCCAACAUUUCCUGGGAAAUUUGAUGAGAAUAACAUUGCCAUUAACCCAACCUUGCUUGUAGGCACACAGAGUCAAGUAGAAUCUGAACCUAGCAGAGAUGUUGCUUGCAAAGCAGUGGAGCUGCAGCCUGAAUUAGCAAACAAGGUUAUGCCUCUUCCUACAUCCUUGCAGACAACAAUGCCUACUCCUGUUCAAAAUGAUGGUCUUGUUGGACAUCCUCUUCAGCAACCUGUUUCUGAUGCACAGUUAGCUGAGUUUCCCAUCACAAAUGAGACAAUGAACCAGCAAAAGGAGCUGACAAUUGAAGGGGGAACAAUCAGCAUCUCCAGCAUUUACUCUCAAGGGUUGUUGAACAAUCUUACACGAGCACUGCAGAGUGCUGGUGUUGAUUUGUCACAGGCCAAUGUCUCGGUGCAGAUUGAUCUAGGAAGGAGUUCAAAUAAAGGGCUGACAUCUAGAACAUCUGUUGCUAAGAACCCUCCAGCGGUGACAAAUCUUAGGGAUGUGGGCAGUGAAGGGGACUCAGAUCGGGCUCAAAAACGGCUGAAGACAUAAGACUGGUAUAGUUUCUUGGCUCUUCAUAUUCUCUCUGUUUCUCUAUCCUUUGAUCUACUAUUUCUCUUGGAUUUCUUCCCCUGGUGUACAUGCUAUGCUUUUUGUUUCUUGGACUCAUAGCAGUAUUUCUUGAGAUUCAUGUCAAGAGUUAUCACCUUAGAUAAUAUGUUUUCCCUGGAAUUUCCCCGCAGUUCUCUGAUCAGAGCACAUUGAGUGUAUCAUCGUUGUAUCAUAUAUAUAAAUUGAAUGAAACCUUUUGGGGGCAAUCCUUGUGGGAAGAGAUUGAGUUUUCAUGUCUUAAUAUGCCAUAGGGAUUUGUCAGUGUGUAA